AUGCUACAUUCAGAGAAUAUACAUUGUGUAUUAGAACAAUCGCUUUCCCCUGUCAACUUGACUACUAUUUCAUUCCACGCCCCUCCUUUACAGACUGCUGCAAUUUUAUCAAAAGAAAACGGAUCUAUUCUAUCGUUUGUUAAUUCAUCGAAUUCUAAUGAUAAAUAUUCCAAUAAUACUUCUGGCAACAAUGUCCAAUCAUUAAAUAAUCUAAAAAUGAUAGGAUUAUUAAUAAAGGAUAAAUGGCACCAAGAUGAGUUUCAACUUUCUGCUGCCAACAAUAAUCACCAUGAAGUAAUUCCAAAUAAUAUAGAACAAUCUACAAAUAAUAUUAGUACACAUACUAAUACUCUAGAAAACAGUACAUCUAAUAUUCUGGAUAACAAUAACAAUAAGAUAAGCAUAAACAAUAAUAACUUGUAUGAAAUAAAGGCUGCAAUAACUUCAAAUUUUGUAAGAAUAUAUAACUACGAGGUAGAAGAAUGGCAUACUUGUGUUUCUCAAAUACCAUCAAGUGAUUUAUUGAUAGUUCUAAUUGGUUCGAGUAGUUACCCUUACGGCCUACUACUGUUAAAAAUGAAGGAAAUAUUAAGAAUAUGUGAGGAUCUGUAUGGCUACAAACUAGGUUAA